AUGCAGAUCAUAUUAGAGUGUCCAUGCUGUCACCAGCGCGGAUUUAAGGGUACUCAUGGGUUACGUACACACAUUGGUGGCUACUGCAAGAAGCAGCACGCCAAAGAUUGGAGACAACAUUUCAAAGAGUUCUUUGCUCAGCUCCAGCAAGAAUUGGAGAACAUUUCAAAGCGUGAUAUAAGUGCUUUGUCCAUCAUUCGUUCGCAUCGACAAAUGGCGAACGCCGUGGCCAAGUUUUAUGGUUGCACCGAUGAUUGCUCUUCGAAGGAUGCUGCUUCGAGUAAUGACUAUGAAAGCCACAUGACCUUGCUGGACUACAUCAACCAGACCCAGCAUACGAAAAACUCGGGAGAUCGCAAGUCUGCUCGACACGUCUCCAGCACAGAGAAUUCUCUCUCCAAUGCACGCGGCGCCUCGUCGACCUCCGCCUCCGCACAGCGCGGAAGCGGCGAGCCAUCGGGUAGGCCGAAAGAGGAGGCGGGAAGCAAUUAUUCGCUGCGAAGACUGUCCAGCCAGUCGUCGCAGAACGGCGACGCGGCUACGAGUGGCGACGCAGCCUCCAAAUUGACGCCUGCGCUGGACCGAGGGAAUCUGCUGAACACGAUUCUUUUGGAUUGUCCGUUUUGCAAGAAGGCGGGAUGCCAGGGACUGCCAGGAAUCCGCACCCAUCUGUGCAAUUACUGCCAGAGCAUCAAUAAGAAUUGCUGGAAGGAAGAGCGCAUCAAAUGUCUUCGAUUCAAUAUCCAGAAGUACGAGAAGCUGAACAGCGUGCCUGGAGCAAAUAUCGAAUACAACAACGCCGCGAUCAGUCUUCUGAAAAAGAAGAUUUUGGAGGCCGAUCGCGCCAAAGAUCGCGCCAAGAAUCCUGCGUCCAAAACGAGCGGAGACGAAGGCAAUAGUGCCGUCUCGAGCAGCAAGGCAGAAUCCGCACUCAUUGACACAGGCCUGAUGAAUUCCAUCACCUAUGACAAGGUGUAUUGCCAGCAUUGCCACGACGAAAAUACUUACUGCCCUUUUUGUGGUUGCCAUACCUGCCAUUACAAACACAUCGCUCCGUUGUUACUCAUUUGCGAUAAUUGUGAACGCGAACAUCAUCUGUAUUGCAUCGACCCGCCUCUGGAAACCAUUUCAGAUGAUUCUUGGUACUGUCCGGAAUGUCAGAAGAAGCUCUAUAAAGAGUAUAUCAACAAGGACAGGAACUUCACGUUCUCUCUGCAAUCUGUAAACUCGGAGACCCGAGAGGCGAUCCAAACACUUCUGUCCUCUGUUCUGAGUACCACCACCAAACCCUGUGACCUUUCUUCUGUGCUGUCCUCCCUGUCAGUCCCAGAACUCCUUCAAAUUCAAUCUUGUAUAAAUAUUAAUGGAGUCAAGUCACUAAUUAUUAGAUUUUUCCACUUGUAUCAAUCGUCUGUUUUAUAG